GGAGAAGAAGGCAAAUGAAGAGAAGGAGAAGAAGAAAAAAGCAAAUGAAAAGAAGGAGAAGGAGAAGGUGAAGUAGAAAGAAAAAGUGAAAGCAAAAAGAACAGGAAGAAAGUCGAAGUUGUCCAUUGUGAUGUGAAGCGACAAUAUCCAUUUGAAGGUUUUAAUAUUGACGGCGAGUGUCCAACUUAACUAAUGUCAUCCUUCUCGCAAUGGAUAAACGAGGGUCUUUACAAGCAUUAUGCAAAAAAGUAAGUAAAAGGAAACAAGGAGGAUCACUACUUAGUCAACUGCUCAAAACUUGAAUUUGACCAACUUGAUUUAGUAGUUGCAUUUCCAAUGAAUAGGGACUAGUUCUACGUAAUGCCUCAAACCAAUAGGUGCUGGAAUGAUGAGUAUGUGGAUGUCAUAUUUUACUAUUUACAUAAGAAGUCGAAGCAGCAUAUUCAUUCUAAAUAUUAAUAUACCACCACUAGUUGUUUUUUCAAAACAUACAUUGACAAUUCUAGUGAAUAUGAGGAUAAAAUCAUUAACAUAAUGGAAGGGUAUGCUAUACCUUCUGGAAUGCCUUGGCACUUGACGGAUGAUGUUUAUGUCCCUAUAAAUAGUAAUACGGAAUUCCAUUGGGACUUGACAGUCGUUGCAUUGAAGGAACUGUGCAUAAAAGUGUAUGAUUCCAUGUCCUCAAUUAGGUCUAAUAGAAAACUAUCCUCCGAGAUUCAAAAGAUGGCUACAAUGUUGCCAAAGUACCUUGAGUUGAGUGGAUUUUUUGAGAAAAAUGAGCGAACCAACUGGUCAGUCCUUAAAUGUUACCAAGGAAAGAACAAAUCUCACCCAUUCGAAGUCAGUCAUGUUACUGGUAUUGCCCAACAAGAAAGCAGUAGUCUAGAUUGUGGAAUUUUUGUUGCUGCAUACGCUGAGUAUUUGAGUGAUGGAUUACAAGUACCAUCAUGUGGAAUUAGUGCUGACACCAUUCUCUUGAGAUAUGCUUUACUCUUAUGGAAUUAUGGAAUUGUAAAGGCUCGAAAUGGUUAUGUUAGUGACAAUGAAAACUCAGAGAUGCGUAAAACUAUAAAAAAAAUCUAAGAUCGAUGAAAAUGUUGUGUUUACAACCAUUGAUUAGAUAGGUGGUUAUGUAUUAAUAUAUUUUUAUGAUUAUUUUGAUCUUGUUUGAACAAAUGUCAAUUAUGAUGGAAAGUAUCAAAA